CGUGACGGGUGGUUAAUCCAGCGAUGCUAAUGAAAGAAAAGAAUCUGUUCAGGAAGACUCUUGUGUCCUUAAUUAUGUUUUGCCUAGUAUGUAAUGUUCGUUUUAGAUGUGUGCUUAUGGGAACAUAUACGGCACUGCGCUAUGUACAAUUUCUUGUGCUGGUUUUGUAAACUUAAAGGCCCAAUACCACUCUUGUUGUAACCGAAUAAUAUGUUCCAAUCUUUAUUAUGGUCAACAAAUUGUUCUAUUUUACAAUAUUCCAAUUAAUUGAUGAUACAAAUUUCAUCUUAACACACCUAAUUUAAAAAAAAAAAUUGGAAAAAUUCAACUAAAUGAUUUGAAAAAUGAAAUGAAAUGAAAUGGAGUUUAACGUCCUACUGUUCUGCUCCUAACCUGGGCUAAUGAAGACGGGCAUACGCCAUACAGUGUGCUAUGAGGGAAAUUUUGCCCGGACAGCGGCACUACGGCCUACUCUUAUAUCGAAUUCCAACUGCCAAGGGAUCUUUUACGUGCACGCCAAUGUGUACACGGGACCUCGCUUAUUCAUCCCAUCCGAACGACUAGACAGCUUUCCUUGUCACCCCCUCCGUCCUGCAUCACUGACAAGGGAGAACCACGCCGGAAAAUCUGGAUGAACUUUCUCGGCCAAUGCAGGGAUCGAACACCCGACCUCCAGGCUAGCGGAAAAGCCAGGCGUAAAGCUUUUCAAACGUGAUUUGGAUUUAAAAAUAUUUUUGAACCCUCUGGACAAGUAAAAUUGGAUUUAAUGGAUAAUUUACACAACAGGUAGGACACUAACACAUCUAGUACUUAGAAUAAGCCUAUUUUUUUACUUUCUGGAGCUGUCAAGCCAGCAAGAGUGUUAUUGUCCCUUUAAAGAUACAUUAUGGGAGAUUAGAUAACGAGUUGACAGUUCUCACUUUAAUAGUUAAAAACUAGAUGAUGUAAAGGUAAUUUGCUGAAAAUUUCAGUCAAAUUGAUCCACUAUGAACCGAGAAUAAGGCGGUUAAAAGUUCCGCCUAGGCUCGUUCAUCAUUACUAAAGUCGGUACGACAAAAAUCAUAGUCUCGAUUAUCCAUUUAAUCGUUAAAUCGAGAAGGAAAGUUAUGCAGCAAAUCGGGUUAUAAUCACACAAAUAUCGCAGGCUAACGUUGACAUCGAGAGUUGAUUAUGGUCUGGAUAAGUUAAUUAAUGUCUAAUUAAUAGUUUAUAUAACAUUUCAGGCUUAAAGAAAGACCUACAAUAGGCAGAUUUAGCUCUAGCGUAAUGUAGGCCUAUGUUUAACUGAGUCAUUUCAAACACCCAUGAAAAUAUUGGACCAAGAAAAUAAAAACGUGACUUUCUCGUAAUUUUACCACAGAGGCCUAAAUGUGUUUUCUGAUAAUGUUUUGUGGUCCACGUGUCAUUUCUCAUGAAUGGGGGUGUGGUGAAACAGUAUUUAAGAUAUGUUGAGAUUUACUGGAAUUUUAUGUUGUUCGCCAGUUUUAUUCAAAUAAGGAUGAAGUGCUUUGUUUUGGGUCUUGGUUUGUUUGUAUCACUUGUUGGGCUUGUCUCUUCGCUGAACUGUCACCAUUAUACAGUAAAUGGCUGCAGUAUUCCAUACAAUCUACCCUAUUUUUAUAAACAAAGUUUCACUCCUUCCUGUGAUAAACAUGAUGUAUGUUACGAAUGUGGUGUAGCUAAAGGUAUUUCAAAGUCAACGUGUGAUAUAAAGUUGUAUAAUGAUGCCAGAGCUGUGUGUGCCAGCCAUGCUAUAGGCAGACGUUUUGAUGAACGCAGCGUGGAGAGUGAAUUCUGUACCCUCAUAUCAAAAAGUUACUAUGAGGCUGUACAUUAUUUUGGUGCCAGCCACUUCCCAAGUACUUCUCCUAGUUGGUGCAGUGAGCCAUGGGUCAACUCGUGUCUACCCUAGGAAACUAAAUUUAACCUGCAAAUAAAUCUUUA